AUGGUUGUAAUCUCUGAACUCUGUUCAUCGUCUUCAUCAACUCCUAAUUAUACAUAUGACGUAUUUUUAAGUUUCAGAGGUCUCGACACUCGUUUUAGUUUCACCAAUCACCUCUAUAACACGCUCGUGAAUGCUAACAUCACCACCUUUUUGGAUGACGAAGAGAUUGAGACCGGACUAUCUUUGAAACCGGAACUGGAGAGUGCAAUCAAAGCAUCUAGGGCUUCUAUUAUUGUGUUAUCGCAGAAUUAUGCUUCUUCAACUUGGUGUCUUAACGAACUAGUAUUGAUCCUCGAACAGCAUAGGAACUCUAACCAUAUUGUUAUCCCUAUCUUCUAUCAUGUCGAGCCCACUGAUAUCAGGAAGCAACAAAGCAGCUUCAGAGAAGCAAUGGCAAAGCAUAAACAAAGGAUGGAGACAGAGGCAAAUGCAGAGAAAAGAAGUCGAUGGGCUCAAAAAAUGGAUCUAUGGAAGAAAGCACUUACAGAAGUUGCUGAUUUAAAAGGAAAAAUUGCAAAGGGCCGGUAA